AUAUUUUCAAUAUUCUAUGCAAAUUCCAUGAGCUUAAUGUUACACGUGUCUUAUUUUCUCAACCUAAGCUGGACUUUUUCAAUUGGCCCCCCAACUUUUUUACUUUUUCUUACUAUUGCCCCCACUAUUUUUUCAACCUCUAUAUAUAACCCCCCUUAAUUUUACAAUAUUCUCAAAAAUCACUCUUUUCUUUUUUUUCAACCAUGCAAACUAUCAAACCCCUCAAUUCUCCUUCAUUUUCUUGCAAAAUUCUCAUCAACCCUUCUAAAAAAAACACAAUAACUCUUCCUAGAACACGAAUUCCGCCUCUGUCAUCACCAUCAUCAUCACCGUCACAAUCAUCGUCAAAUUCAGAUGAAUCGAAAAUAUUUCCACUAAAAAUUGACCCGCCCAAAUUAAACCUAUUUCAAAAAAUUGCAUCCAGUGCUUUGGACAUGCUAGAAAAAUCAAUUGUAACAAAGUUAGAGAAAAAACAUAAGCUGAACCGGACGGUUGACCCGGAAAUUCAACUAGAAGGGAAUUUUGCACCGGUUCACGAAUCCUCUGUUCAGCACGGUCUUGAAGUUGUGGGUCACAUUCCGUCUAAUUUAACCGGAGUCUACGUUAGAAACGGCGCCAACCCGUUAUACAAACCGAUUAACGGACAUCAUUUAUUUGACGGUGACGGUAUGAUUCACGCCGUUAAAUUAGAUUCGAAAAAUAAUAAAGCUAGUUACUCGUGCCGGUUCACUCAAACCAGCCGGUUGGUUCAAGAGGCUUCAUUGGGCCGACCGGUUUUCCCUAAGCCAAUUGGCGAAUUACAUGGCCAUUUAGGGUUAGCUCGGCUCGCGCUAUUUUUUGCGCGAGCGAGUUUAGGGUUAGUGGAUGCUACUAAAGGAACCGGUGUAGCAAAUGCCGGUUUGGUUUAUUUUAACGGUCGACUUUUAGCUAUGUCAGAGGAUGAUCUUCCGUAUAACGUUAUUAUCAAGGAGGAUGGCGAUCUAGAGUCUAACGGACGUUACGAUUUUAACGGACAAAUUAAUGAUCCAUUGAUAGCACAUCCUAAAGUGGACCCUAUCACAGGGGAAUUUUAUACUUUGAGUUAUAAUAUAUUAAAAAAACCUUAUCUUAAAUUAUUCAAAUUUGACACGUGUGGUAUUAAGUCACGUGACAUUUCUAUCUCCCUCCAAAACCCAUCCAUGAUCCAUGAUUUUGCCAUCACGGAAAGUCACGUGAUCAUUCCGGAUUAUCAAGUGGUAUUCAAGUUAUCCGAGAUGAUACGGCGCGGAUCGCCCGUAGUCCACGACCCGAAUAAAGUAUCUAGGUUUGGUGUGUUGUCGAAAGACGACCACGACGAAUCAAGAAUCAAGUGGAUUGAUGUUCCUAAUUGCUUUUGCAUGCAUUUGUGGAACGCGUGGGAGGAGAAUCACGAAGAAUCAGGAAGAUCAACCAGACGAAUUAUAGUAUCAGGGAUGAAUUUAGAAGCGGGACAAGUAAACAAGACUAGACUUGGUGAAAAAACUCGGUACACCUUCAUGGCUAUAGCUGAACCAUGGCCAAAAUGUAGUGGCCUAGCGAAAAUCGAUUUGGUCACAGGAAAUGUGACGAAAUUUUUACAUGGAGAUGACAGAUUCGGGGGUGAACCUUAUUUCGUACCGAGCACGAAAGAAGGAGAAGAAGAUGAAGGGUACCUUAUGAGUUAUGUUCGAGAUGAAAGAAAUGAAAAAUCGGAAUUAAUUAUAAUUAAUGCUAAAAAUAUGAAGCAAAUAGCCUUGGUAAAAAUACCUAAAAGAGUGCCAUAUGGCUUUCAUGGUACAUUCGUUAGUUCACAAGAUUUAUGUAAUCAAUUUUCUUGUUAAUACAAUUCACAAGUCAAAUUAUAAUGUAAUUAAAUAUUGUAUAGUUGUGUUGUUAACAAAAAAUAAAAAUAAAAAAUUCUAAGAAUGAAAAAUAACAUUAAAUAAUGAAAACUUAAUCUAAUAGGUGCAAUGAAAGAAGUAGUGGAGUUUACGUAUACUCAAUCUUUAUUGGGAUUCAAUUUUUGUAGAAUUUCAAUGGAUAUUUAUUGUAAUAACACUUUAAGUUCCUCAAUUAUCUA